AUGCAGGGGCGCCGCGGCCGGGUGGAGGGAGGCGGCGCCAGCCCCGCCGCCGCAGCUGUCGUUUCCGUGAAGGGGGAGAGAGAGGGUGGGGCGAGAACGAGCGACUCGGAGCGGGCCGCGUGCCCAGGCGGCGGCGGAGGCCGAGAGCAGCGCCUGUCCGCUGGGACUGCGGCCGCUAACGGCGGCUCUGGCCGCGGUGGGCGAGCACGACGCAAACGGCCGGGCGUUCAGGCCGUCUGGGGCUGGGUCCCCAACGGAGGAAGCGAGCGCCGGCCGCGGGGCGGAACUUUAAAGAGGUUAUCGCGGGAACAGCGACCCCUUCAGGAUCGGGGCGGCUCAGCCGCGGGGGGCGCCGGGAGCUCGGCCUACCCCACCCGAGGGAGGGUCGCGUUCGCGGAGAGCUGCCCGCCGCGGGGACGCGGCAUGUUUGCCGUUAAGCCCCUGAAAACCAAGAGCAGAGACAACUCAAAUGUCCUUUGUGCUUUAAGAGAAAAUAUGGAAGUUAUAGCAUAGAAUUACAACAUCUGUGAAAUUAGAACCAGCAGCUCCCAGGCAUCUUGUAGCACCCGCGCCGGGGUGGUCCCUGAAGCCUGCAUGGCGCUCGGCGUAAAUUUGCAGAAUAGAGUUGAAUCUAAUGUCCCCACCGAGUCUGUUGUUCAUUCAUUCAGCGUUUCUGAGUAUCGACUGUGUACGAGGACUGAAUUAGGCGCUGGAGAUAACAUGCUGAACAAGACCCUGUCCCUGCCCUCAAGAAGCUCUCAGUUCGAUUACUUGACAACUCUUGGGGACUUAGCCACCCCCACCAAAAGCUCUGUUAACUAUUUGCUGCCGCAAGGACUUUGUGAUUGGCAGCAUGCACACACUGGAUUACAGGAUCAACACUAGGUGCUUAUUGGGUGCAAAGCAUGGUGCCGGGGACACAAAGUGCCCGAUGGAGGACACAAAGAAGUUUAAGAUGUCUCCUUUACACAAGUUUGAAAGAUGAAUACUCGUGAAAGUACAGCUCAUAUCGCAUCACAACUUGCUCAAGUAGCUGCACUUUCCAUUGGCUGCCAAAGCCUUCUUGAAUUUUUUUUCUUGUUUAAGAUGCAAACAGCGGUACUUAAAAUAAUACUAACAAGCGCCACAGACCCAACCACUGACAACACCAAAGAAGAAAUGCUAACUCCAGAAUUAGGAAGAUUUUCAC